CUCUCAGCCUGCUUGCGCAUUUAGUAUGCGGAUUGCACCUCUUCACUAAUGAGAGGGAGGAUGGGGACCCAGGGCAGUCCGGUCAAGAGCUAUGACUAUCUGCUCAAGUUCUUGUUGGUGGGAGACAGCGACGUGGGCAAGGGAGAAAUCCUAGAGAGCCUUCAAGACGGAGCGUCGGAAUCGCCCUACGCCUACAGCAACGGGAUUGACUAUAAAACCACAACGAUCCUCUUGGAUGGCCGAAGAGUCAAGCUGGAGCUGUGGGACACAUCUGGCCAAGGGAGGUUCUGCACCAUUUUUCGGUCCUACUCCAGAGGAGCUCAGGGGAUCCUCUUGGUAUAUGACAUCACCAAUCGCUGGUCCUUUGACGGCAUCGACCGGUGGAUCAAAGAGAUAGACGAGCAUGCCCCGGGUGUGCCUCGCAUCUUGGUCGGCAAUCGGCUUCACCUGGCCUUCAAGCGGCAGGUCCCCACGGAGCAGGCCCGGUCCUACGCCGAGAAAAACUGCAUGACUUUCUUCGAGGUCAGCCCCCUGUGCAACUUCAACGUGAUCGAGUCCUUCACAGAGCUGUCCCGCAUCGUGCUCAUGAGGCACGGCAUGGAGAAGAUCUGGCGGCCCAACCGAGUGUUCAGCCUGCAAGACCUCUGCUGCCGCGCCAUCGUCUCCUGCACGCCCGUCCACCUGAUCGACAAGCUGCCCCUCCCUGUCACCAUCAAGAGCCACCUGAAGUCCUUCUCCAUGGCCAAUGGCAUGAACGCCGUCAUGAUGCACGGCCGCUCCUACUCCUUGGCCAGCAGCGGGGGCGGGGGCGGCAGCAAAGGGAACAGCCUCAAGCGCUCCAAGUCCAUCCGCCCGCCCCAGAGCCCGCCGCAGAACUGCUCGCGUAACAACUGCAAGAUCUCCUAGCGAGCC